UCUACUUGAUCGGUUUUUCGGGUAGUGUCGUCGCAUUUCCACAAGUCACAGGAGUUACCAGAGAUCUCUAUAUCGUUGAUCAUCGCGCUAAAGAUAGCCAAGGACCAAUCUUGGUGCCUUGUGGAAUUCCAGCUGGAACUAUAUCGGAAUUUGAAAAGCUAUCAGAGUUAAGCUUUAGACGCUGUGGUCUGCCUCGUAGAAAGUCAGCAAUCCAAUUUACAACUGUCG